AUGAAAACAUAUUUUGACGCGAUUACAAUCGAUGCACAAGGUACAAUUGAGUUUACAUUUUCGAGCAAUGUUCACAAUAGGCCACUAACAGCGGAAGUUUGUUCUUUAAUGGAUUGCACAGGUUCCAUGGUAUCUUGGAUUGGAGCAGGCAAACAACAUAUUAAAGCUAUUGCUGAUGGUAUACAAAACGAAAUAGAAGAAAACUAUGACAAGGAUAGUUUUCUACGUGUGGCAUUUGUGGCUUAUCGCGAUCGCAAUGGGCCAUGUCGUUUUGAUUGGAUUGAUUUUCAUCAAGCGCCUAAUCUUGAACCAGUUCAAACAAAAAUUGCAAGCCAACCGCCCUUGAGUGAUACCGAUCUAUGUGAGGAUGUUCCAGGUGGAUUAGAUAAAGCAUUGCAAUUGGGUCGGGCAAAGGAAAAUAGUUCACGUGCAGCACAGAUUUUAGUAUGGAUUGGCGAUUGUCCUGGACAUGCAUCAUUUUGUCAUAAUGGUGGUGCUAGUUGGUAUCAACAUCUUAAUGGCUUAUCCGAUGUUUCAUUGAUAACAGAAAUUAUCAAUGACAUAAAUAGUCGUGGAAUUUUCCUGUUACUAUCCGAUUUUACACCAUACGUUCAAAUAAUGCCAGAAAAUAGUGAAAAAAAAGUAAAUACAAUUAUUGCGAACGAAUUUAUGUAA